CACACACGCGCGCAUUUGGAGACCCAAGCACGGCAUUCGCACUGCACAUCGGGAUCCACCAACACACCGACGGACAGUCGACGGCUCCUUUAAGAAAAACGAAGUCAGAAAAUAUCACCCCUCCUUCUUCAGAUCUCCACUUGGAUGGUAUUGCAUCAAAGAAAACCUUCACUGGAGUUGCAAGUGAUCGAGGACACGAUGGGGACUGUUUUUGAACAUCUUUACAUGAAUAUCUGAAGCAUUCCAAGUGAGGGAAGAGCGCGACGAGUCAUCAUUAAUUAAGCUACUUGACAACCUCGAUAUUGAUUGACAGCUUGCUUGUUGAGCGAGACUAGAGUAUCAAUGUUUUUCUUCUGUACGGGGCAUUUUACACCAGUCUCAAGCGUGAAGUCGUAGCCUAGUGCCGCUUGUCUAUGAACGGUCUCCAGGAGAAAGAGAAGGAGCUCUGUACUGGAUUGCGGUGUUUUUUUCUAUUGCUGGACUUACGCUGGCAGUCUAACAACCACCCUCUCUGGAGAGACGAGCACAAUAUUCUUAAUCUUGCAUUUGGAGUUAGGUGUUUAUUUUCCCUCAGCCCUGGCCUCGUAGAAGACGUUUAGAGUCCGAUUGGAAUCGGCUAGAGUGACAGGCCGAUGGCGCAACGGUAUGAAGACCUUCCCCACUAUGGAAUGGACGGAGUAGGGCUGCCCUCGACUAUGUACGGGGACCCUCAUGCAGCGCGCUCCAUGCAGGCGGUUCACCUGAACCACGGGCCCCAGUUCCACUCGCACCAGUACCCGCACUCAACACACGCCAGUGCCAUACCGCCCAGUAUGGGCUCCUCCGUCAACGACGCUAUAAAAAGAGACAAAGAUGCCAUUUACGGGCACCCCCUUUUCCCACUUCUAGCUCUAAUUUUUGAAAAAUGUGAAUUAGCAACUUGCACGCCGAGAGAAACUGGGGUCGCUGGAGGCGACGUGUGUUCCUCUGAGUCUUUCAACGAGGAUAUAGCAGUAUUUUCAAAGCAGAUUCGAUCAGAGAAGCCUAUAUUUUCAUCAAAUCCAGAAAUUGAUAAUUUGAUGAUACAAGCAAUUCAAGUAUUACGGUUUCAUCUGCUCGAGCUGGAGAAGGUACACGAGUUAUGCGAUAAUUUCUGUCAUCGAUACAUCAGCUGCUUGAAAGGAAAAAUGCCGAUCGAUUUGGUCAUAGACGACAGGGACGGUGGAAAUAAAUCCGACAGUGAAGAUUUUACAAGAUCGUCUGGGCCUCUUGAUCAGAUCUCGUGGAGCAGAGACCACGAUGACACGGCAUCAGUUCGCUCGGCGGGGACUCCCGGGCCCUCCAGUGGGGGACACACGUCACACAGUGGGGACAACAACAGUGAAGAAGGUGACUGCAUGGACAACGGGGUGGCCUCUCCCAGCACUGGGGACGACGACGACCCUGACAAGGAAAAGAGGGAUCGUCACAACAAGAAGCGAGGCAUCUUCCCUAAAGUGGCCACCAACAUCAUGAGGGCGUGGCUCUUCCAGCACUUGACGCAUCCUUACCCUUCGGAAGAGCAGAAGAAACAACUGGCCCAGGACACGGGGUUAACGAUCCUACAAGUCAACAAUUGGUUCAUCAACGCGAGACGAAGAAUUGUACAGCCCAUGAUCGACCAGUCCAAUAGAGCAGUGACUGGAGGAGGGCCCUACACCCCAGAUGGUCAACCAAUGGGAGGGUUCGUUAUGGACGGCCAGACACACAUGGGAAUCAGACCACCUGGGCCCAUGGGUGGGAUGGGCAUGGGUAUGGGCGUGGAGGGACAGUGGCACUACAUGUGACUCCUUGCGGACUUAAGCACAGAGCCUAAAGGGACGCACUCAGAACUGCCAGGUAUUCCCGAGGACGGCGUGUCCCAUGGCGGUCGGAUCAGCACGGAUAUGGGCAUCGCUCUGACCUCCACUGGUGCCCCUACCCUACCCUACCCUCACACCAACCAGCCCCACCGCUGGGGCAGGAUCUCUCAGUGUUGCCCCUCCCUCCGUGACUCUUCCGUGACCCAGCGAUAUCGAUUGCGCUGGUGCCCAGCCCAAACAUACCACCAUCACCUGACUGUUUGUCAGUAGGGCUGGUGGCCCCCCCCCCCCCCUUUUCCAACUCCCCCCAUUUCCUUCAAGUGGUCCAGUCUGAGUAGCCACUGUUGCUGAACCACCACAUGACUAUGAGAGGCCUUGAAACCCCCUCAUGCCUUGUGAGGACUUCUGGAACGUUGUGAG